AUGUGGAGUAAGUAUUAUUUUAAAAUAUAUGUUUUAAAAACACGUGAUCUAUUUAAUUUUAUUUGUAUUUAGUUUGUAAUAUAACAAUGAUAUUUUUUUUCGAUCGUCAUUUUAUGUUAAUUUAUAAUAAUUAUUAACUCUGUAAUAGUUAUUUUUUAAUAUGUGUUUUGAAUAUAUUUAUAUUAACUCAUUGAUAUUCACAGGCAUAAUAAUGGAACCCGGGAAAAAAUAUAGCACUAUUGUGGAACACACAUUUCAUCUUUCUAUGGCUGCUCUUGAUUUAGAUUCUGUUAAAAAGGGUAUGUAUAAAUGCACAAUCUAUUCACAUCAUUUUUAUCCUUUAUAUUAAAGCACUAGGUGUAUUGUUUGGUAUUAACAUUAAUGUGGUAUUUCAUUUUAAGAGGGAGUAAUACUUUAUUGUAUUUGUCUUGCUAACUUUUGAUAUAGUAAAUUUUCCUUUAUCAGGGACAAUGUUGUGCUGCUAAUUUUAAUACUGUGGAUGAGUUUAUGUAUUAUAAAUAUUGAAUUUGAAAAUUGGAACUUGUUUUUUUUUUUUUUCAAUGUUUUAAUAUUCAUGAGAUUAUUUGAAAUAUCUCAAUUUAAUACCUAAUUUUAUUUCUUGAAAAUUAUAAUAUUAAUAAAAUGAUGUCAAUAUUCCAAAGAUGUUCUUAGCUUUUUAAGUUUGAUAUUACGUUUAUUUAUUUUAACAUUAAAAUUAACAGUGCAAAUUAGUAUCUGUUAAAAACACAUUUUGUGUAAUCGAGAUUACAAGGCUAUACAGUGUUUAAAAACUUGCCAAAUUUUUAGUUUAUGUGUUCAACUAUGGGAGUGAUUAAGAGUACUCAAUUGCUUCCUAAUUGUCAGCUUAAUAUCCUGUAUAAGUAUGAUGGUUGUUGCUAAUAAUUUUGUGUUUUAAUUUGAUGUUGAAGUUUUAUUAGAAUAAUUGUAUAGUGUAUACUUUUUUAUUUUGGUUUUUGUUACAAUAAUGAAUAGAGCUCUUCAUAGUUGUAGUUAUAUUGACAAAGAAAUUGAUUUUUCAUCCUUCAAAAAUGAAAUGGAAGAACUUACUGAUUCAAUUCAAGAAGGGAAAAUUUUUUCGAGAACUUCGAAAAUAACUUGACUUAUUUAGAGGAAUUAAAGAUUCUUAAAUGAUUUCAUUUAAAGAAACAAACUGUAGAGAAGGUUCUGGAAGAAAUUUGAUUAGAUAAAAAUAUCCCACAUAUGUUGAUCUGAUUUUUUACAUUCUAAAACACUUGCAUGUUUUGCAAUCAACUCAACCAAUAUAUUCGCUUUCGUUGCAGAAAACUUGCAACUGAGUUAUUAUUUUAUUUAUAUUUUAAAUUCUGAGCAGAGUGAGUAAUUAAUAUGAAGUCUGAUUUUUGAAUAUAUAUAAAAAAAAGUUUGGUUGGAGGGGAGGGUAAGAAUAGACCUCAACACCCCUUUUACCUUCAAUUAGGACUUAAAAAUAGGACUAUAUCAUAAAUUAAUAAUAAUAAAACAAAACGUAUGGGUGUCAUACCCUAUUAUGCUUAGUAAUUUGUUUAUAGCCUUAAUAUCAUUAUUAAAAUUAUUGUAUAGUUGCCGAACUUUGUUCUAAUUUGUUUUACACAUUAAAAUUAAUUAUUUUUAGAUAAUGACAUUCAUACUAUAUACGUAGAAACUGAUAAUACUCCUCGUGCUAUUCUUUGCCAUCUUUCCAAAGCGUCAAAUAUUUUCCAAGUUAGAUUGGAUCAUAUUUUCUCACAAGGAACAGAUUUGAAGUUUUUUAUAGCUGGAUCUGCCCAAAUACAUAUGACUGGUAUUUAUUUGAACUAUUCAUGAUUUAUUUUAAUUGUAUUGUUGGAAUAUUUGUAUAAACAUUUUUGUUAAUAAUAGGGUAUUUAGACUAUGAUCAAGAUGAAGAAUUAUAUUCUGAUUUAGAAAGUGAAAUUGAAGAAGAAGAAGCAGAAGAAGAAGAAGAAGUAAAAAUAGCCACAAAUAAAUCAAAAAUAGGAAAAGGUGAUUAUUCUUUUAAUUGGUUUAAUUUAACUGGUCUCAGUUAACAGGAAAUCACUAGUAUUAUUUAAUACAAUUUGCUAAUCAUUGACAUUAUAAAACACUUUUAUAUGAAAAUGUAAAUGUUAUUGUAAGUUAACUAUUUUUGCAGACAAAAUUUGUUAAACUUAAUUUUGAGCAUUAUUGAACUUAAGUGGUUGCAUAGCUUGAAAAUGUCCAAUUUAAUGAACAUGGCUAUUAAUUGACAAAUUUUAAAGUAUUAUUAGUUUGAAAAGAUAUGCUGUUAAGUUAAUUUAAUAAUAUUUUUAAGUUUUAAAAUGUAAUUAUUGGUGUAUCAACUGUAAGUUACAAAGAAAAAGUUUCAAAUUAGUGGGAGAUAAUUUAAACCACCGUCAUUUAAAAUUAUUGUAAAUUCAAACCCUUAUUAAUUGUUGUUUAUAUAAAAUAUGAAAAAAAUGUCCAUUCAAGUAUUUAUUCUAACUUUGGCUUACUUCUCUUAAGUAGUCCAGGUGUUCCAAUCAAUGUUGUACAUUUUAAUAAUUACUUCCUUAAAGAUCUAUUAAGGACACUUCUUUAAGGGUAUAGGGUACACCAUUUAUACAGAUGAAAAUGACUUCAUGACUUGAAUUAAUCAUUGUCAUUAAAAUGCAUGCUUGCUUCCCUUUUUUCAUUGAUUCUACAAACCAUAUUGAAACUUUCAUUCAAUUUCAAAUUAUGGUAUAAUCAAGGUGAUAUUUUUAAAGGGAUUGUUUAGAGGUGUUAUUAAGUUUAGAUGAAGAUAUUCAAAAACUGAAUUCAAUUUGGUCUAUGUAAGUCUUAACUUUUUUUCAACAACAAAUAAUCCUCAAAAUCUGUCACUAUGAUUAAAGAGUUUACCAUAAAUUGCAUUAUUCAGCAAAGAAUAAAAUGCUAGUUGCAAAUACGAAAGAUAAGUAUUGGCCACUGUAACCCAUUCAUACCUAGUGUUGAAGCUAUUAGUUCUCAUCAUUCUACUUUCACUCUGUUAUUACGAGUCGUAUUCAUAGUUGUGAUUAAUAACAAGCAUUGGUGGGAUAAUUUGAUAACCACUUUAAAAAAACUGCCACCUUAGUUCAUGACGGACAGCAAUCAUUUUUCGUCCGCCUGAUUAUAGUCUGGGUUUUAAAUUAAAAGCUAUAUUCAAUUUGAUAAGGUUUGGUCCCAUCAAGUCUAGAUUAGUAACACUAAUAAAUUUCAAUAUCCAUUAUGGCUUAUAUUUUACUUAUAAAGUAUUUCAUCUAUUUAUGUACAUAUAUGAUAAAAUUGAACUAUAUUUUACCAUAUUUUGAAAAAUAAACUAAACAAUUGAUUUCAUUUAAUUUUUAAAGGAAACAAACGUAAAGCUGAAGAUGAUCCAAAAAAAACAAAAUCUGUUAAAUUAAAUAAAAGUAAUCGGCUUGAUGAUGAUGAUGAUGAUGAUGAUGACGAUGAUGACGAUGACGAUGAUGACGACGAAAAAGUUAACAGAGGUAAAGUUAUUUUUUUUAUGAUACUUAUACUAUUCUACUGAUGAAAUAUUCAACAUACAGAAUAGAUUCAAAUAAUGGAAAUAAAAUCUUAUCAUGCAAUUUUUUUGUUUUUAAUUAAAAUUAAUCUAGUUUUUAUUUUCCUAGUAAUAAUAUAAGUAAAAUAAUAUAAUACAAAGCCAAAAAAAGGAAUGUUGAAAAUUUAUCAUACAAUACUUUUUAUUAUUUUUAAUCGUGUUUUGUCGUAAUUCACUUAUAAAAUAUUUGUCUAUGUUUAUAAUGUUUAUAUUUCUUAUACAAUAAUUGUACAAAUACUUUCUUACUUUGCAUCAACACCAGUAUCUGCUCUUUUUUAAAUUUAUAAUGUAUCACUAAAAUGUUGAAAAAUGAUUAAAAUAAAAUCAUUAUUUUUAUAUAAAUCUAUUUAAUUUAAUAAUAAUUAAUGGCAUAUAUUAAUAUUUUGAAAUAUUUUAUUGUGUAUUCAUAUUAGGUUAUCAAAUUAGUGAUUUACUACAUGACGAUGAAUCUGAUGAAUCAAUUUGUGGUGAUGAAAUUAUGGACAUAGAUGAUGAUGAUGACGAUGACGAUGAUGAUGAUGAUGAUGACGAUGACGACGAUGAUAAUGAUAAUGAAGAAGAAGAUGAUGAUGAUAGUGAAGAUGAACCAAUAUUGACUAAGAAAGGAAAAGAACAACAAAAGACUCCCAAAAAGCAGUUAAAUGGAGUUGAACAAAAAACACCAAAACAGGAUCAGAAAACACUUAAGAAAAAUCAAAAAACUCCUAAAGGCCAAGAAAAGACUCCUUUGGCCCAAAAAACACCUAAUGCAAAUCAAUCUUUGUUAAAUGUAAAUUUGUAUAUUAUUGUUUUCAUUUAAUUUAUCUCAUUCUUCAAAUUUUCACUAUUAUUUUAGGGUUCAAUUGAAAGUAGUAAGAAGAAGAAAAAUGAACCUAAAACUCCAUUGGCUGGAUUAAAAACUAAACCAGAUACUCCAUUACCAAAAGAUAAGCAAAAUCAACAACAAAAGUUGAAUGGUGGAGUUUUGAUUCAGGACUUAAAAGUUGGUGAUGGUGCCUUAGCAAAAAACGGAAAGAAUGUAAGUUUAUGAAUUUUCAAGCCAUAAAUUAAACCUUUAUUAAUUUAUUUUGUGUUUUAAAAAUAGAUUAAAGUUUAUUAUAUUGGCCGUCUUAAAUCUUCUGGUAAAGUUUUUGAUUCAAUGCAAAAAGGUCCUGGAUUUAGUUUUGGAUUAGCGCGUAAUGAAGUUAUUAAAGGUUGGGAUGUUGGUAUUGCUGGAAUGAAAGUUGGGGGCAAAAGGAAAAUUAUUUGUCCACCUAAUAUGGCGUAAGUAGUUAAUUUUUAGUUAUUACUUAUUGUAUUCAUAGGAAUUCAUUCAAAUAGAAAAUGAAUAUCAUAAUUAUAAUCUAUUUUAGAUAUGGUGCCAAAGGAAGCCCACCGGAAAUUCCACCAAAUAGUACAUUGGUGUUUGAAGUGGAAUUAAAACAUGUUAAUUAA